AUGUCCGAAGCUGGACCUACAGAGACGUCUGCGGUGACGCACGACCAGCCUAUGAGCUCGCCGAUAAACACAAGCUUGUCGCGUGGCGCGGCAGCGUCAUCAGUCGAGAUUGCGCCCUCUUCGCAGCAUGGGGCGGUACCAUUCAGGGCAGGUACACGCAGAGAUGCGGCAGUUCAGACGGCGCAGCGGCCGGUGGACUUGAAGAUGCACUUCGAAGAGUUUGCAGCCCAAUUGCGCCGGCAUCGUCACACCGAGCACAAGAGACGAAUGCUAGAGCAUCGGAAGACACACUUGCACAAGGCAGUCGCCCUGACUGGACGUCUACAGCGGCUGAGCUCGUGGCUACACGAUGGUCUGGUGGAGAUAUCGAAAUCCCACAACGCAGUUGAUUUCGUCCGAGUGCAUCAGCACUUGCUGGAAUUGACCGCUAGGUGCUUGGGGCGUUGGCAGUUCGAGAUUCGCUCCUAUGACCCGCUCACGUCGCCUUCGCAGCACGCCCACAACGUCGCUACCUCGUUCCUAUCGCGGAUUUCGCCCGUGGCCAGAAAUGACUGCCUGGAGUUCAUACGAAAUGUUCGCAGCAAUCCGAGAUUCCUCGCCGACCGAUUCAAAGCUGUGCAUCCGUCGCAGCUGGUAGCGUUGUCUACCGCACCACGAUACUCUGACCCGGCUGCGUAUCUGUCGAACCUUUCGCCAAAUCGAAACCGCCUUUCCCAGAGAAAGCGUUUGACAUCGUACGCCAAAAACCUCGAAGACUACGCCAAUGCUUUUGAGCGGAAGAAUGCCAUGGCGUUCUUGCUGCACAAUUGCUUCGGCGCCAAUUCAGCUGCGGAGGAUUCCUUACGCCUCGAGACGUGGUCCUCUAUCUGUGCAACACUGUACCUUGACAUGGGAUUUCCAUUCCUAUCAUUCUUCCACCAGAUUCUCUGGGAAUUUGCAGGUCUCGGAAUAUGGCGCGCCAAAGCUCGGCUCGAACUAUUCUUGAUGGACAUCCUCCAGCGAGGCGCCUUUUUACUGGAGCCAGUCACUGACUUCAAAAAAGGAGCUCUGGAUGCGUACAUUGCAGAUACUUUGGCAACGGACACAGCAAAAGAGUUCUUCGACCAAGCAGUCCGGGAGCUGUUCUCCAUACUUGCGGACGAGGAUGGCGGAUUCCCUAUGGGUGCAUUGCAGCUGGUACGGACGAUGCUCUCAAAAAUGCCCGACGAGCGCGCCCAGGCAGAAGUACGAGGCUGGGUUAUCUCAGAGUGGUUCCUCGAUGUGUUCCUGAGGACGGCGAUCACCUUUCCGGAGAAUCAGAAGAUGCUAUUACAGUCCUACAUCAGCGAGUCAGCCCGGUCAACAGUAUUGUCGCAUUUUUGGCGCCAAGCGAGCGCUACAGCAUUGGCUGCCCUCCAAGAACCCGACAAACCAGAUAUGGAUCAGAUGCAGCGGGAUAUAUUUGCGAUCACCAACCAGCUCUUUGCCGAGCCUCUCCCACCUCCCAGUCAGCAAGUUCCAGUAGAUGACACAGCAGAGUCCUGUGUCAUCUCACUCUGCAUCACAGAUCUCAUCCACGUUCUCGAGGCACUCAGCCAGCAAUACACGGGUGCCGCAAAUCACUUCGAGCCCUUUGUCCAUUCCUUGAUCACACAAUUCAAUUCGCAAAAGUACUCACCGAAGCUGGACAGACUGCGUCGUGAGCUACAGCUUUUGGUUGAGCCGGGGCUCUCUUCCGGAACACAGGACAUACUUCAGGAGGAAUGGCUGAAUCUCAAUGUCUCGACUACUGGACAAUUGACGACCACGGUGACCACAGACGAGGCCGAUUUCGGGACACUAGAGUCGACAUAUCGAUACUUCGAGCCUCUCAGUCCUGCAGAGAGGGCGGCUGUGCGUCUCGCACUUGAUCAGGGUCGCCAUGAGUCCAAUUUUGGCGCUGAGCACACUUCUGCAACUGCACCACUGCGAGACCGAUUCCUAUCAAAAGCUUCCGACGCUCGGAGCACUGCAAAUAUGGUAGAUGCACAUUUCUGGUACGGCGCAGUUGACCACCUGGACGAUCGACAUCACCUGUCAGACACCGCUCAGACCGAGAAGCGUGUACUUCAACGUAUGUUUUCGCGCUUACGAGCAGUACCUGUAGGGAAGAUGAUUGCUUUAGAAGAUCGUUUGAGCGUGCUCGAGAUUGACUUGGCUGGUCAUCAGGCGAAGCUGGAGGAUAUUGCGAAGCGUUUACAGCAUUUGAAAAUUAAAAUGUGGUACACUUCGGACGUGGUCAACUCUAGUGAGUAUGAAAGUGCACGGAACGUUUCUAGAGCACUGAAUUACAUGUCACUGGCACCGCAAACGGGAUCAGAUUCGUCGGACAUGAUGUCUUCCAAAAGUGGCGGCCGGCCAGGUACGAGUGCAUCGGCAGCUUCAUCGAUAUUCGAGCAACCCAAACUCGACACCAUGAAGAUACUCAGAGCUCCUCCCGAGCAUGGUGGUCCUAAGAAACUGUCAGAUGAACAGAUCGAGAAGACGAGAGGCUGGCUGGCUCGCAACAAUAUAGACAACUUUUGCAAGGGCGAGGAGCGCAUUCACCGCUUUUGCAUGGAAGUCCGAGCCCUUACUCGUAAGCUCGUGGCGGAGAGUGCCAACGAAAGUCCCGCGUUAUGGCACAGCGAUCUGUGGGCUCGUGAAAGAAACUGGUUCGAUGUUACUGCACCGGUUGCGGCUACGUUUCCUGGCCAUUCCGGGCCUCCGAGCAUCAUGAGCGAAUCUCCCUCUUUUGCGGCUUGGUCGAAGCCAGUCUUUGGGAGCCAACCCAGCAGCAGAUCGCUGGACAGCGACUAUCCUCGAAGAGUGCCAUCUAUAGGCCAUGGAUCGACGAGAAUUAGCCAGGAUGUCCUUGGGAACGAUCUCACUUCGUCCUUCAUUGGUGGUAGAAGGUCGAAUCCAAUUAGUACUACCGAGUCUGUACAGACAGGAUUUUCUUCGGUCGCAUCGCAGCCCAGAUCGAGCAGAUCGAUCACCUCCACUUCAGGUUACUCACAGCCGUCCUCGAUCUUCGACUCGGCUUAUCAGUCAAGAUCACAGACGUCAGCUUCGCAGUCGCGUCCUCCCUCGCUCUUCAGCGAGAUGCAUGCUCCUAAGCUGGUGGAAACAUCUGUGGAAAAGGCACAAUUCUUGGAAUCGCUUCGUGAUAGUCUGACGGUGCUACUUCUCUCCGAUCUCGGCAAUCCGGUCUGGAGCUCAGGCAGCGAAACGGAUGCGUGGCUCACUGCCCAUAAAAGGACGACUGGGAUAUCUCAGCGCCUCGAACGCCGACAUAUGAUGUCCGGUCUCGUGGAGAUCAAGAAUGGCAGUCAGCAGCCCAGACAGCAACCGAAGCAAGCCCCUCGCCAACGUCGAACGUGGAGCUCUGACGAUCACUUUGCUGCGAAGGUUACGUCGGAAGCUGACUCGGUUUCUGCGCCGGCGAAUCUGGGGCCGGAUAAGUUGCACGAGCUUGAUCAGGUCCUCCAGAAGAUCAGCCGCCAGGUUGAUCCAAAUGCCAAACUACGAGCUGUGUAUGAAUUGCAUCAAUUAGCGAUGAUCUUUCUCGGCCAGUGCUCGACAGGAGCCCAACGCGGGGCCGAGAACGCUCCGCGCCGUCAGAGUCUUGGUGCUGGCAGUGCAGCACUAGAGAAGACCAAGAUUGCAGCUGACGGCCUCAGCAAUCAUGUUAGAACAGAUGUGGAGAUGAGAGGAUGGCUCAAAGAUGUUUUGCUGUCUUUGCAUCCGCAAACGCUCUUCCGAGACUUACAGUACAUAGCUGCUUUCGCCAGCUCUGACGCGCUAAAUCGAGCGAGCGAUGGCGCGGCUCUUGUGCAAAUCGGGCUGGCCGCAUUGGCCAGCAAGGACGAGAUCUGCCGUAUCAUGGUCGAACUGGCAGAUAAAAUUGUUACCCGGGAUGGCAUAAAAAGGCGGAGCUCGACAUCGGAUAACGAACGGGAGUAUCCCCUGACCAAGGCGAGGGACUACUGGAUCAUUGGUGCGCGUGAGGGCAAUGCAGUUGCUCAACGAGAGCUCGCUGGCCUGUAUCUGGCACAUCCAGAAAUGUCAGUGACACCUGCUGUUACGGCACCUUUGGCUUUAUCUGGAGAUGUGUUUCGCACCGACAUGAUGUGGCAACGAGAGCAAGAACGGCAAAAUGAGGCCGACUUACAGCAGGGAGUCGAAAUAGACUCGAGCCAACGGGCUCUGUGUCUUGCCUUACACUGGAUGCAACUCGCUGCAAAGGCAGGUGAUGUGGUCGCUCAGCAAAGGUUGGAGGAACGAAAGGGGAAGCAUGCGGCAAUGGGAGCUGCCCUCGCUUGA